ACCCCGCGUGCUUGGGGGGAGGCGUGGCUGGCAGACGGUGGUGAGAGGUGAGCAAUGGGUCAACACGGCGAGGAGAGUGACGAUGAGAGUGACAAGACAGACGGGUGCGGUGCGGUGGUACAGGGCGGGCAGGCGAUGCAGGGUCGGGGUGAAUGCUGCAAAGCUCCGUCUAGCGCGGCGUGGACAUUUUUUGACAUGGCGGCGCGACUCGACGACGGGGACGCGGCCACCGCCAGCCAUCUCGCAGCAUGACGCGCAAGAAGAAGAGCGCGCAGACGGAGGAGGCCCCGACGUCGAGCCCCCCGCCGCCGCCAUGUGCAGCGACAGCAGCAGUGAACGGCAGCCCGGCCAAGAGCAAGAGCAAGGGCAGCAGCAGCAAGAAGACGGAGCCGUCGACGUCGGCGCUCAUCAUCUGUCGCAACAAGCACUGGCGCUACAUCUCGUCGUUCCACGGGCCGUGGCUGCAGCUGCCGCCCGAGGUGCUCGAGUCGCUCGCCCACAGCAACUACCUGUCGCCGCGCCCGCACCCCAUCGACCCGGCCGUCUUCUACGACCUGGUCAAGAUCCGCAAGGCCGUCGACGAGGCCACGACGCUGGCCGUGCGCGCCACGAGCGGGCUGACGAGCCAGGCGCUGAGCAACUCGCUGCACGCGGGCAACAACGUGCUGGGCACCGCCGCCGCGCUGGGCAUGGGCUACGGCGGCGGCGGCGGCGGCGGCAAGCUGAGCCGCGAGCGCAAGCACCGCAUGCGCGAGCUGGCGACGGCCAAGCUGAGCCAGGCCUACCACCUCGACGAGAUCGCGGCCAGCGUCGCGACCAUGCAGAGCGCGAGCACCCUCGAGGACGUGGCCCAGCUGGUGCUGCAGCGCAACCCGGCCGACGUCGACGCCCGCUACGUGCACUUCUUCCACGAGAAGAUCCCCAGCCGCAUGAUGGCCCAGUGCACCCCGCUGCACACGCUCGACGCCAUCGUCGCCGACCGGCCCCACGACGCCAGCCCGCUGCGCACCCGCGCCCUGACGCGCAUCUUCAAGGACGACUACCUCAACGCCGCCCGGGACCUGUCCGACGCCCUCUCGACGGCGCGCUACCUGAUGCAGCAGCACCGCGCCGCCAGCGACCAGCUCGUCCUCGCCAAGACGUACCAGGAGCAGUACGGCCGCGACUGGCGCCACGAGGUGCGCAUCCCCGACGACGACCAACCCAGCUCGCUCGAGACGCAGCUGCUGUUCCACCGCGCGGGUGUCUACUUCACCAUCGCCUGCGCACACGUGCACGCCGCCCUCGACGGCCUGAGGCACGCAGAGGAGGCCAAGGCGAGGCGAGACGCCCAGGUCGCCGACGGAGCAGUCCCCACGCCAGAGACGCCCGACGAGACAGAGGGCAACCGCCGCCGCGCCGAAGCCCGCAAGCAGGUGCGCCAGAACGCCAAGCGCGCCCUCCGCGACUACAUUGCCUUCCUCGCCCACUUCGACUACACGCCGGGCAUCUCCCCCUCGCUCGCUGAGGAGUUCCUGCGCCGCCUGGGCACCCCCGCAGCCACAUCCACAACCACAUCUACAUCCACAGCCACGACCAGCCGCCUGCUCGACGCCCCGACCCCCGCGGCGCCCCCCACAUCCGAAGCCCUCGUCCCGCACCGCCGCCCCACCAACCCAGACCGCGCCUCGUGGCCCAAGCUCCCCCCGCCAGAAAUCUUCAAAGUCUCGCAGCUCUUCGACGCCGUGCCCCCCUCCUCACUCCCGCCCUACCCCGCCCCGCCCGCCGAAACCGCCGCCUCGGCCGCCGCCACCGCCUUCGCCGACUCGCACGAAAGCAUCACCUACCACCCCCUCCUCACCGACGCCCUCCACUCCCUCCUCCUCUGCCACGCCCUCCUCCAGACCCCCGCCAAGGAACACGCCCGCCACGCCCACAACGCCGCGCGCUGUGCCCGCGUCUGCGACGGCUACCCCAUCUUCCUCGCCGCACGCUCCCCGGCCCGCGCUGACUGGAUCGAAGUCCUGCGUCGCGCGGGGAACUGGAUCGGUCUGCCCGCCUCGUGGGAGACGCUGUGUCGCCCCGCGCCCCUCCCCACUUCCAAAAACUCGUCCCCCACUGCUGCUGCUGCUACCCCCAAGGAAUCCCCCGCACAGAAACGCGAACGCCAGAAACACGAGGCCAUCCUCGAAGCCCUGGCCGACGAACGCGUCGUAGAUGAAGACUCGUUCCAGCGCGCGGUUCGCGCCCGCGAGCGCCGCAACCGCGAGGACGACGAGGCGGAGAAAGCUGCCACCCCGCCGAUGAAUGGAAGUGCAGGCGAACCCAAAUCCCCAGGCGCCUCUGUGCCGAAGCGAUGGGCGCAGGACGAUGGUCGCGAGUACCCUAUCUCGACGGAGCGGGCGGAGGCGAUUACGCGAUGGGUUAGGGAUGCGCCGCCUAUUGCUGAGGGGUCCGGGGGUAGGAAGAGGCGUGCUAAGGCGAAGGGGAAGUCGUGGAAGAGUCUUCUUGUUUUGGUCUACGCUGGUGAAGAUAUCAAUGACUCCACGUUAGUCGACCAUCAAAUCCACACCCAUACCAGUGUCCAAAAGUUGAAAGAUGGCAAAAAGAACCCCAGUAGAUCCCGCCCCACGCCAAAACCCCCACUCACUCCCACUCCGAACAUCCAGUAA